AGAUGCAAAAGAUGAUUAAUGCAUUCAAAACAUUCAGAACCCAAUCACCAGCUUUGACCUUCUCGACGCCUCUGCCGCCGCCGCCAGGCUUGGGACGGAAAGCUUCCGGGGUCCGAUUCAAACAGACCACAACCCUGCGCUCUAGCGAGUCCGAUAGUGAGCACAACAUGGACAAGCCAGAGCCUAACCCUACUGAGAAAACUAGGGACAGUUUGUCACAUUCAUUUGGGGAGGGGUAUGCGACGAGGUGCGAUGACGAUGGGUUUGGAGUGGUAUAUGGGGGAAUCCGGUCAGUUCGAAAGACGGAGGAGGAUGAGAACCACCCUGCUGUUGACAAGUCACAGGGAAGUGAGGUGCAGGAGAAGGAGAAAGCGCGACAUCAGACAUAUGCUUCAUCAUAACUAAACUAAUAUAUACGAUACGAGAGUCGACUAUAUAUAUAUAUAUAUAUACAUAUAUGCGGUGCUUUUAUGUAGAUUUGUUCAUUUUCGCUUUUGUAUGUUUUUUUAAUUUCUGCUAAUCUGUUUUAUGAAGCGAGGACGACAAGUCCUAGCUAUAUGUGAAAUAUUUCCACAGGUUCUAAUCAUGUGUAUUAGAGAAUAUUUUUACAUAUAUCAUGUGUA